CUGAGAAGAGAAGGAAGGGGCCAUGGUGGAUCUCUUUUCAUGGCUUCUUUCCUUCUUCCUUCUUGUCGCCAUUCUUGGUCUUCUCCUUUACCAGCUAAUGUGCUUGGCGGACUUGGAGUGUGAUUAUAUCAAUCCAUAUGAUUCAGCAUCCCGGAUAAAUAAAGUGGUAGUGCCAAGUUACAUAAUUGAAGGGGUGCUAUGCAUUCUGCAUCUUAUAACAGGCCAUUGGUUUAUGUUUCUGCUGUGUCUCCCAUAUUUGUACUACAACUUUAGAGUCUAUAGUCAAGCCCAACACUUGUUAGAUGUGACAGAGAUUUUUACUCAGCUCCCGUGGGCAAAGAAGAUACGCUUAUACAAACUCGGAUACCUAGUCAUUCUCCUUGCUGUCUCCAUGUUUUGGAUGGUAUGGACCAUAGUUGAUGAUUGAAGGUGCCCUCUGGCAUUCGUUUUCAGUGUUUGAUCAUUAUCGGCUGGGUGUGCGGAAGGAAAAUAUGCUUUGUCCUCUGAAACUAGUUUUUUUUAUUGUAAUUUCCAAUCUUGUAUUACUAGUUAGCAUACAAAGGUUAGCUCUAAAUAGCGUAAACUAAUUGUUCUACUUGUAUCCCCCAACACAUUGUAUUGUAGUAUUUUACUAAUAUAAUUUUUAGAGCACAGGUUUGAGACGGUUGAGAUAGAGUGUGAUCUAAUGGUUUAGAGCACCUUUGUUAAUUAUAGGGUGCAAAUGAGCGGAGC